AUUCGAUCAAGCUAACUACAAUGUUGCUGAAGGCAGUAGCCUCACUGUGACUGGAAGACUCACUGGACUAACAGGAGAGCUGCAGAGUGACUUCUCUCUCACACUGGGUGUUGAUUUUUCUGUUAAUAUACAUACAUCUUCCCAAGAUGUCACAUUCAAUCGUCCUGUCAAUUUCCUUGCCAGUGGAGCCAAAACAUUUUACUCUGGAUGUUGAUGCUAACAAUGAUGACGACUUUGAAGGGUUCCAUUCGUUUGUGAUAUCUCUACCGACUGACUCUGACUACAUUAAUCCGCUAGCCAGUGACACUGCCAGUACCACUGUCACCAUCAGUGACUUUGAUGAUGCCACUAUUGUGGUAACAGCUUCCGCAGAAACGGGUGUGGAGCGUACCAAUCUGACCGAAACCUGUGCCAUGCUCUCGGCGGCACCAGGGAACAUUAUGACCGAUAUUAUAGUGAACUUCGAGUUGAUUCCUGACACUGCAGACACCAGUGACUAUGCAGCUGUGGGUAGUCUACAGACCGUGAUUCCAGCUGGUUCUGCAGUCGGCCUUUCGUCACAUGUCUGUGUGAAUGUCAGUCUAGUCGAUGACAACCUUCUCGAAGAGAAUGGAGAAAGAUUCUCUGUACGUUUGCAAUCUGAAAAUGCCGAAGUUGGUUCUUCAAAUACCAUCGAUGUUUCUAUUACUGAUGAUGAUGCUGGUGAUUUUCAACUUUCUUUGGCUACUGAUGAUGGAGCAUUAAGUUUCAAAGAAGAUUUGGAACAAGAUAUCGAUUUUCUUUUGACACUGAGCAGAAUAGAUGGAGAGCCUGUUCGUCUUGCUACCCGGAUCUUGUUCUCUGUAUCCACAACUGGAUUUCCUGCCAAUGUUUCUGAUCGAGGCAUUGAUUUUGACAGCCCAUCUUCCUCAUUUAGUUAUGUCAUCUUUGGAGAGUGUGAUCCGUGUUUUGGUGAUUCAUCAAUGUUGGAAAUUGGACAGACGGUCAAUUUUGUUCAAACAUCCGUUAAGGAUGAUGAUGCUUUAGAAUUUGAUCAUGGAUUCAUUCUUGAAGUAGUUGGUCCACCCAAUAGUAUAAUCCCGCCAAGUCCAGUACAGAUCAACAUCACUGAUGAUGAACAAUCGACAGUUGGUGUAACAUUCGAUCAAGCUAACUACACUGUUGCUGAGGGCAGUAGUCUUACUGUGACUGGAAGACUCACUGGACUAACAGGAGAGCUGCAAAGCAAUUUCUCUCUCACACUAAGUGUUGAUUUCUCUGUUGAUACAUUAACAGGUUCUAGUGAUGUCACAAUUAGUCCCUCUGAUUUGAUAAUCAAUUUUGUUGCUUUUGAAAACACAACGUUUUCUCUGAUUAUUGAUGCUGACAACGAUGAUGACUUUGAAGGGUUCCACUCAUUUGUGAUAUCUCUACCGACUGACUCUGACUACAUUAAUCCUCUAGCCAGUGACACUGCCAGCACCACCGUCACCAUCAGUGACUUUGAUGAUGCCACUGUUGUGGUAACAGCUUCCACAGAAACGGGUUUGGAGGGUACCAAUCUGACUGAAACCUGUGCCAUGCUCUCGGCUGCACCAGGGAACAUCAUGACCGAUAUUAUACUGAACUUUGAGUUGAUUCCUGACACUGCAGACACCAGUGAUUAUGCAGCUGUGGGUAGUCUACAGACCGUGAUUCCAGCUGGUUCUACUGCUGGCCCUUCGUCACGUGUCUGUGUGAAUGUUAGUCUAGUCGAUGACGACCUUCUUGAAGAGAAUGGAGAAGUGUUCUCUGUACGUUUGCAAUCUGAAAAUGUCGAAGUUGGUUCUUCAAAUACCAUCGAUGUUUCUAUUACUGAUGAUGAUGCCAAUCUCCCGAUAAUCACGAGUGAGCCCAGUGACCUCCUCUUAGUCGUUGAAGGGACCACUGUUCAGUUUUCUGUGACAGCUAAAGGCGUUGAUUUGACUUACCAGUGGAUGAAUGGAGAUGGAGAUCUUUCUGAUAUGGUUGAUCAGAUAUCGGGUGCUACCUUGGCAACCUUGAUGAUCAUGAAUGUUACCUUGUCAGAUGUCAAUGGCUAUUCAGUCCGAGUUAGCAACAGUGCUGGUAACGUUGAUUCGUUGACAGCAAAUCUAAUCACAACCUCUAGUUACCAAGUGAUCCUUAGUAACAGCUCAAUACUGGAAACUAUAGAAAGCAGUCAGGCUAGCAUUCUUUAUCAAGCAACUCUGUCGAGAAUCAAUGGAGCACAAAUUCUGAAAUUACCUGCCGUGGUCUCAGUUACACUGGUUGCCGAGGGAACACCUUCAAACACAGUUUCUGAAGAAGGUGUCGAUUUCAACAUUGGACCCCUCACGGUCAGGUUUGAUCCGUGUGACCCUUGCACCCCAGACCACCUGCAGAGGGAGGCACAGCUGUGUGUGAAGGAUGACGAUGAUUUGGAGUUUGAGCAUGGGUUCACUCUCAGUGUUGAUUUAGCGUCAACAGAUCCCUCAGGGAUAACUGCAGGAGACCCCCUGCAGAUCACCAUUACUGAUAAUGAGCAAUCAACUGUUGGUGUAACAUUCGAUCAAGCUAACUACACUGUUGCUGAAGGCAGUAGCCUCACUGUGACUGGAAGACUCACUGGACUAACAGGAGAACUGCAGAGUGACUUCUCUCUCACACUCGGUGUUGAUUUUUCUGUUAAUAUACAUACAUCUUCCCAAGAUGUCACAUUCAAUCGUGCUGUCAAUUUCAUGGCCAGUGGAGCCAAAACAUUUUCUCUGGAUGUUGAUGCUAACAAUGAUGACGACUUUGAAGGGUUCCAUUCGUUUGUGAUAUCUCUACCGACUGACUCUGACUACAUUAAUCCUCUAGUCAGUGACACUGCCAGUACCACCGUUACCAUCAGUGACUUUGAUGAUGCCACUGUUGUGGUAACAACUUCCGUAGAAACGGGUUUGGAGGGUACCAAUCUGAUCGAAACCUGUGCCAUGCUCUCGGCUGCACCAGGGAACAUUAUGACCGAUAUUAUAGUGAAUUUCGAGUUGAUUCCUGACACUGCAGACGCCAGUGAUUAUGCAGCUGUGGGUAGUCUACAGACCGUGAUUCCAGCUGGUUCUACAGUCGGCCUUUCGUCACAUGUCUGUGUGAAUGUCAGUCUAGUCGAUGACAACCUUCUCGAAGAGAAUGGAGAAAGAUUCUCUGUACGUUUGCAAUCUGAAAAUGCCGAAGUUGGUUCUUCAAAUACCAUCGAUGUUUCUAUUACUGAUGAUGAUGCUGGUGAUUUUCAACUUUCUUUGGCUACUGAUGAUGCAGCAUUAAGUUUCAAGGAAGAUUUGGAACAAGAUAUUGAUUUUCUUUUGACACUGAGCAGAAUAGAUGGAGAGCCUGUUCGUCUUGCUACCCGGGUCUUGUUCUCUGUAUCCACAACUGGAUUUCCUGCCAAUGUUUCUGAUCGAGGCAUUGAUUUUGACAGUCCAUCGUCCUCAUUUAGUUAUGUCAUCUUUGGAGAGUGUGAUCCGUGUUUUGGUGAUUCAUCAAUGUUGGAAAUUGGACAGACGGUCAAUUUUGUUCAAACAUCCGUUAAGGAUGAUGAUGCUUUAGAAUUCGAUCAUGGAUUCAUUCUUGAAGUAGUUGGUCCACCCGAUAGUAUAAUCCCGCCAAGUCCAGUACAGAUCAACAUCACUGAUGAUGAACAAUCGACAGUUGGUGUAACAUUUGAUCAAGCUAACUACACUGUUGCUGAAGGCAGUAGCCUCACUGUGACUGGAAGACUCACUGGACUAACAGGAGAGCUGCAAAGCAACUUCUCUCUCACACUAAGUGUUGAUCACUCUGGUGAUGCACUAACAAAUGCUAGUGAUGUCACCUUCAACCCUGCUAACUUGAUCAUCAAUUUCGUUGCCUUUGAAAACUUAAUGUUUUCUCUGACUAUUGAUGCUAACGAUGACAAUGACUUUGAAGGGUUCCACUCAUUUGUGAUAUCUCUACCGACUGACUCUGACUACAUUAAUCCUCUAGUCAGUGACACUGCCAGUACCACCGUCACCAUCAGUGACUUUGAUGAUGCUACCGUAAGUGUGUCCACUGCCAUUGUCACUGGAGAGGAAGGUACCAAUGUCACUGUUUGUGCUUCUGUGGUUGACACAUCAUCAGGCACCAUCGAUGCAGAUAUUGAGCUUAGCUUUGAGCUGGUCCCUGACACUGCAGAUGCCAGUGAUUAUGCUCCAGUGGAAGGUUUUGUUAUCAAUUUUGCUGCUGGUCAAACAAGUAUCGGUUCUGAGGAUUGUGUAACUAUUAGUCUACUGGAAGAUGACAUUAUUGAAAGUGAUCAACAAUUCUCAGCUAUUUUGUCUUCUGCCAAUGCUCUAGUUGAUGUCAGUGAGGCCGUUAUUGUUAUCACCAACACAAAUAAGCAAUCGACAGUUGGUGUAACAUUCGAUCAAGCUAAUUACAAUGUUGCUGAGGGCAGUAGGCUCACUGUGACUGGAAGACUCACUGGACUAACAGGAGAGCUGCAAAGCAACUUCUCUCUCACACUUGGUGUUGAUUUCUCUGUUGAUGAACUAACAAAUGCUAGUGAUGUCACAUUCAACCCUGCUAAUUUGAUCAUCAAUUUCGUUGCCAUUGAAAUCACAACGUUUUCUCUGACUAUUGAUGCUAUUGAUGACAAUGACUUUGAAGGGUUCCAUUCAUUUGUGAUAUCUCUACCAACUGACUCUGACUACAUUAAUCCUCAAUUCAGUGACACUGCCAGUACCACCGUCACCAUCAGUGACUUUGAUGAUGCUACCGUAAGUGUGUCCACUGCCGUUGUCACUGGAGAGGAAGGUACCAACGUCACUGUUUGUGCUUCUGUGACGGACACAUCGCCAGGCACCAUCGAUGCAGAUAUUGAGCUCAGCUUUGAGCUAGUCCCUGACACUGCAGAUGCCAGUGACUAUGCUUCUGUGGGAAAUUUUUUCAUAAGUUUUGCUGCUGGUCAAACAAGUAUCGGUUCUGAAGAUUGUGUAACUAUUAGUCUACUGGAAGAUGACAUUCUUGAAAGUAAUCAACGAUUUUCAGCUAUUUUAUCUUCUGCCAAUGCUCUAGUUGAUGUCAGUGAAACCGUUAUUGUUAUCACUAACACAAAUAAACAAUCGACAGUUGGUGUAACAUUCGAUCAAGCUAAUUACAAUGUUGCUGAGAACAGUAGCCUCACUGUGACUGGAAGACUUACUGGACUAACAGGAGAGCAGCAAAGCAACUUCUCUCUCACACUCAGCGUUGAUUUCUCUGUUGAUACACUAACAAAUACUAGUGACGUCACAUUUAACCCUUCUGAUUUGAUCAUAAAUUUCGUUGCCUUUGAAAACACAACGUUUUCUCUGACUAUUAAUGCUGACAAUGAUGAUGACUUUGAAGGGUUCCACUCGUUUAUGAUAUCUCUACCGACUGACUCUGACUAUAUUAAUCCUCUAGCCAGUGACACUGCCAGUACCACCGUCACCAUCAGUGACUUUGAUGAUACUACCGUAGCUGUGUCCACUGCCGUUGUCACUGGAGAGGAAGGUACCAACGUCACUGUUUGUGCUUCUGUGAUGGACACAUCGCCAGGCACCAUCGUUGCAGAUAUUGAGCUCAGCUUUAAACUAGUCCCUGGCACUGCAGAUGCUGGUGAUUAUGCUCCCGUGGGAAAUUUUUUCGUAAGUUUUGUUGCUAGUCAAGCAAAUAUCGGUUCUGAGGAUUGUGUGAUUAUUAGUCUGCUGAAAGAUGACAUUCUUGAAAGUGAUCAACAAUUCUCAGCUAUUUUGUCUUCUGUCAAUGCUCGAGUUGAUGUCAGUGAGGCUGUUAUUGUUAUCACCAACACAAAUAUUCCUACACUCAACUUCUUAUCAAGCGAAGUCACGGUGGUGGAGGGAGUAGACAGAUAUUUUUAUUAUCCGCUGAGAAUCACGGACGUACCUGCCGGAGGACUGGAGGGGUUAAUCGAGUAUGAACUCAUUGUGAGUCCAAGUGGAGCAACUUUGAAUAUGGACUAUCGAGCGGAAAAUCCAUCAAUAAUCUCAUUUGGUACUUAUGGAGAGACUACCUUACGGGCUGAACUGGAGGGUGCUCUUUCUACACCAGCUCAGAUUGAGAUUCUGGAUGAUAUGCUACUCGACACGGAUGAUGAGGAUGUGAAGGUGUUCUUGUUAGCGACUGAUAACUCCAGGUCAAUGGAAAUCAUCAUUGUGGACAAUGAAAGAGCUGUGGUUAGUUUUGAUGCUGUGAGCUACGCUAGUACCGAGGGCUUAUCUGUCAGUCUGGUUCUGAACCUGACGAGUAUUCCAGAAGGAGGUUUCCAGGACAACUCGCUCACUGUUACCUUGACAACCAUCGAUCAGGGGAAAACUAAUGCUAGUGACUACAACAUCUCUGUUCCAUUCCAAGUGAGAUUCCCCUCGCUGACUCCGCCCUUUGCCGUGUCUGACCCAGUAGUCAUCACAGCAGUGGUGGACGAUCUGUUUGAAGACACUGAAACGUUGCAAGUGAUGAUCUCAGACAUUAGCUCCCUAUAUGUGAUGUGUACUGAGUGCACUGCAGACCUCACCUUCCAACAAACUACAGCUGACAUACCUAGCUGGAGCUUUAACAAAACUACCAUCACCGGAACUGAAGGCAGCUCAGUGGAUGUGUGUGCCACUCUGUCUGGUAUCCCUAGCAAUGGACUCGAGUGUGAUAUUGUGCUGCAGCUGACGGCAAUGCCUGGGGCUAUGAAUCAAGCUGUUGAAGGAGUUGACUUUGAGCUUGUGGGCGACUUUGACAUUGUGUUUGAGACCUCGAUUACCGGGUCUAUGGCAACUCGCUGUGCUGUGAUAGCUAUCACUGAUGAUGAUAUUUUAGAGAGCUCAGAGUUUUUCACUGUCACAGUCUCUUCGGUAACUCCUUCUAUCGUCAUUGGAGACACGUCACAGAGUGUUGAAGUUCAGAUUAAAGACACUGAUGCUGACACGUGUGAGCUGAGCUUUGUGUUGCUAAGUUACACUUUGAGCGAGGAUGUUUGCUCUGUCGAUGUGUGUGUUCGGACUACUGGUCUCCCCUCAGGAGGUCUAGCUGCUGACCUGGCAGCCAACUUUGAAUUUAUGGACAGCACCAAGACAAGUAUCAAUGAUGACUAUGAUCCUUUGGGAACGUUUGUGGUGUUUGAGGCUGGACUUACGGGUGAUGGCUGCAUUCAGUGUCUCAGUAUCGCUAUAGUGAAUGACACUGUUUACGAGGGAGAUAAUCAGUGGUUCAGUGUGGUAGGGAGUAAUGUUGACCUGGGCUGUGUCUUCUCAGCGGACGAUACCGCUACCAUCUAUAUUAUGGAGAAUCCGGAAGAUGUUCCAUCAGUGAGCCUCGACUCUGAUCAGCUGAUUGUGAUGGAGUCUGAUGAAGUAGCGAGUGUGUGUGCCACCAUCUCUAAUGUGCCUGGGGGUGGACUGGAUUGUCCAAUAAUUCUCUCUCUGUCUGCAGCACCUGGAAACAACAAAUCUGCAACCAAUGGAAUGGACUACUUUCUUCCGGGGGACUUUCAGAUUGAGUUUGGCUCUAGUUCAUUGUCCGGGCACUCAGAGUGUGUGAAUGUGACUAUCAGCAAUGACGAAUUUGUAGAGGGCAGGGAAGAGUUUAUUGUCACGGUAUCCAGUGUGUCACCGCAGGUGGAGCUAUCUGAAAUCAAUUCAGUUACUGUCACCAUCGUUGAUAAUGACUCUGCAACGGCCUCCUUCUCUCCCGGCAGUGUAACAGUGACUGAGUCUGACUUUGUCAACAGCAGUGUGUGUGUGGUGCUGACUUCUCUACCAGCUGGAGGUGCAUUAGAGUGUGACAUUAACAUCACCUUGACUCCCCUUCAAGACACGGCAGUAUUGAACGAGGACUUUGAAUAUUUCGAGACUGUAUUGACGAUUCCUGCUGGGACUGCCCUAAACCAGCCUGUAUGUGUCUACGAGCUCCAGUAUGGAAUAGUGGACGAUCAGAUAGUGGAGGACUCUCAAUCUUUCAGUGUUGUGGCGUCGAGUGUGUCUCCUGCCAACACUUUGACUAUUUCUGAUUCCUUCACUGUUACCAUUCAGGACAAUGACUAUGUUGGGGUGGGUUUUGAGAGGUCAGAGUACAGUCUAGACGAGGGGACCUCACAGUCGGUGUGUGUUACCUUCUCUAGACAAAUGCAACGGCCGAUCUCAUUGAGCAGUGACUUUGAGGACCUCAGAGGGUUGCUCAGAGGUGAACUGAGGUUAGGAGUUCCUGGUCCGUCUUAUGUGAUUGGAGUCAGUGCAAAUGCCUCCAACACAGUGGAGCCAGGGAGUGUGUGUAUGUCUGUAGACAACGUGGAUGACUCAGUAAAGGAAGGCAACAGACUCUCUCUGCUCAGACUGAACAGCUCUGAGACGGCCGUGAUGAUUGGAGAGCGGCAAGCACUGUUCAUUGAGACUGCUAAUGAUGUUAUCGUGGCCUCUCUGACGUCUCUCAGUGGAAUGGUGGAUGAAGAUGAUGGAGCAGUGGAAGUGUGUGUACAGCUCAACCACAGGCCCAUAGACACCAUUGUCACGGCAACACUCACAACACAACCUCUCACGGCAACAGAAGGAGAAGACUUUUUGCCACUGAAUGCCACCUUGGUGUGGCACUACGACUCUCCCAGCCUCACUCAGUGUGUAAGUGUGGCCAUCAUCAAUGACGAGUGUGUGGAGGAGAAAGAAGAAGUGUUCACCAUCUCUCUGUCCACAGAGGAGGAGUGUGUUGACAUCGGACCAAACAACCAAACUACUGUCACCAUACUGGACAAUGAUUGGCUGCUUGUGGAUUUCAGAGAUCCAUUUGUGGAAGUGGAGGAAUCUGCUGGCAAUGUCACCUUGUGUGUGUACAUCUGUGAUGGAGUGCUUAAAAGAAAUGCAAGCAUCACAUUUGCUACAGAGACUACUAUGGCAACUUCUGUAGCUCCUGCAGACUUCAGUGGCUCCUCCUACGAACUAAUCUUCAUGCCCGAUAACGCUGAUCAGGACUUAUGUGUGAGCAUCAAUAUCGCAGAUGACAACGUCUACGAACAGACGGAGCAGUUUAUGGUUUAUCUGACUACGAACGACUCGUGUGUAGAGUUCAAGCAAGAGUCCACACCAAUCUCAAUACUAGAUGAUGACUGUGUGACUCUUGAUUUGCAACCUGAAUCGGAAAUGGUAGCAGAAUCACUGGGAGUGGUUGAGGUGUGUGUUUCUCUGUCUGGAGAGCUGGAGACCAGUAUCAAUGCCAUGGUUUUCACCGUGCCUGGAGAUGCAACAUAUGAUGAUGACUUCUCAUUUAAAACUGGAAUGGGUUCUAUCACUCUCACCUUCACCGAGGCUGGGGAGCAAUGUGUCAACAUCUCCAUAACGAUAGACAACUUGCUAGAGACCUCCGAACAUUUCUCUGUAGUGAUGGGCUCUCGAGAUGACAGAGUGAAAUUGAAGAACCGCAUCUCACGCAUCUACAUCAUUGACAGUGGAAUGGUGAGGUUUGGGUUCUCUCAGAGUGUGUACCCAGUGCCUGAGGAAGACGCCAGUGGAGAGGGUUACAUCUUGGAGGUGUGUGUGGAGCUCUUCUCUGGAGAGCUGGACAGAGAGGUUGUCAUUGGAGUGGAGGGUCAGGAUGGAUCAGCUGUCGGAGGAGAGGACUAUGUUCAAUUGAUGGAAGUCUUGUCAGGGUUGGAGCUUGUUUUCGAACCGUUGCCACCAGCACCACAGCUUCCAAUAGGCAGAAGAAAAAGAGAGGUAUCACUAUCAGAGCUAUGUGUGAAUGUGAGCAUUCUGGUCGAUGAUGUGGUGGAGACUGACGAGUACUUUAGUCUGGUACUGAGCAGUGUAGACCCUGGAGUUACUCUCAUGCCAGCCAACGCUACUGUGGUCAUCUCAAACAAUGACUAUGCCAACGUGAGUCUGGCCCUAGAAGCUUUCACUGUGGCCGAGAGUGACGGCAAUGUGUCUGUGUGUGCUGUUCUGCUCGGAGGGGAGCUAUCCCGGGAAGUGGCCGUCAAUAUCACUACCUCUGACACCGUAGGAACAGCUGCUGCUGGCUCUGACUACACCUCAGUGACGGACUACACCCUGAGCUUUGCUGCUGGUUCUCCAGUGAACUCUUUGUCAUGUGUGGACAUUGUGAUCCUCGAAGACAGUGCAGUGGAGGACAUUGAACGUUUUUAUGUGGAGCUGUCCACCAGUGACCCUGUGAAUAUCCUGUCACCUGACAAUGCUUCUGUGUCCAUCUUAGACGAUGAUGUGAUUGGAGUCGGACUCAUUAGUUCCAGUUUCACUGUAAACGAGACUGAUGGCUAUCUGACAGUUGGAGUUGAGAUUCUAGAUGGCAGUUUGGAGUUGGAACGGAGUGUAUUGAUAUCAACACAAGCUGGUACUGCUACUCCAGGCCUUGACUAUGAGGAGAUUUUGAGUAUGAUGUUGAGUCUCCCGAGUGGACUGGGAGUUGGAGACGUGGUCUACUUCAAUGUGAGCAUCCUCAACGAUGAGGCAGUGGAAGAGUUGUUUGAAAACUUCACUGUCCACUUGAAUGACACGGCUCGUGUGUCCGCCAUUGGAACUCGCUAUGCUGUUGUUGAUAUGAGGGAAGAUGAAGCAGAUGUGGUCAUGGUGACGUUUGGCCAGGCUGAGGUGUUACUGAAUGAGGGUGACAAUGGAAGUGUGUGUGUCAACGUCACUGGUCAACUGGAACGACAGGUGGUUAUCAGUGUGUCCAUCUCCGGAGGCUCUGCAAGCACGGGUUCAGAUCAUGAUUUCCCUGCUUCUAUUUCGUUCAACUUUAGCUCCUCCCCUGACACUUACUGCAUCUCCUUCAACGCAAUCCAAGAUGCCAUUUAUGAAAGUGAUGAGACCUUCUCUGUUCGUCUUGACUCCUCUGACCCUCAAGUCAAUUCUGGUGCUGUCAGCACAGUCAGCAUUCUUGACGUUGAUGAAGUUGAACUCCAGUUGGUGGUGGCCAAUGUGUGUGAGAGUGAUGGUCCUGCCACGGUGUGUGUGCAGCUGAAGACUGACACUGAGAGAGAAGUCAUGGCCACUGUGCAAACAUCUGAUCUCAGUGCUCAGAGUGGAUUGGACUACAUCGCUUCUACACUGACCUUCAGUUUCCCCAACCCAUCUCCUGCUGACACAAUGCAGUGUGGAUCUGUACCUAUAAUGGGUGACACCAUUGUUGAGCCUUGUGAAGCUUUCUACCUGAACCUCACCUCCUCUGCUGAGAGAAGCCGCAUUGUCGACGAUGACAUGCGUAAUACUGUGAUCAUCUAUGACGAUGAAGAUGUCAAUGAAUUUCUUCUCUUCAAUGACUCUCCAAAAAUUUAUGGUACGAGCCUCACUGUGGACUACACCAUAUCCGGGUGUGCUCAAGUUUUGUGUCAAGUCAUAUCGAGAAUGACCGAAAUUGACUGUUCUCCCCCUACUGGUAGCUUCGCUGGGCAAUGGUACCUAGAGUCACUCACUAAAAGGAAGACUAGCAAUAACCUCGCUAUAACUGUUGUGCCAUAUUGCCCCAAUCAAAAUGUUCCAGUGAUUGAAAGCAGAAAAUUCCGUAUAGACAACACACAGUGUAGUGUGGUAUUCACUGGCCAGCAGUACGAGGUUGACCCCGUAUCUGGUGACGUGACUGUGGAGUGGGCCGGAACUGGACCAACUGCUGACAUUCGUGUCAGCGAAUUCACGUGCCGUCUGCCCGAUGGAACAUCUACUGCUUGCACCAGUCCGUUUGUGCUUACUGGUCUAGCUUCCGGUAACCACAUAUUUGUUGUAACCCCCCUACAAAUCAGCGAUCCUAGCCUGCCUCAAUGUGGCAGUGGUAAGAGGGGGCUGAUUCGUCAACUCAUUGUAAUCCGAUUGUAAGGAACUAUAUACACAUAGCUGUUUCAUUUAUGUACAUAUCAGUAUAUAGAUUGAACACAUUACUGUUAAGUUUUUUAUAAUACUGGAUACACGUAGCUGAUUCAUGUAUAUAUGUACACACUAAUUUAUGCAUGUAUCAGUAUAUAUAUAUAAUAUUAUAUACAUAUAUAUAGAUUGAAUAAUAAGUUUUACCAUGUAAUUAAUAUUGUCA